CCGCUGGGCUAGCGACCGCUCGGCUAGCGACCGCUUGGCUAUCGACCGCUCGGGAACGGAAGCCCGGGUGCAAAUGGCGGCGGCGGAUGCAUCGUCAUGGGCAUCCCGAUCCCAAUCGCCAUCCCCGACUUCAUCGGCGUGGUUAAUUCUGAACCAAUUUCAAGAAUUGAGUUCUAUGCUGGAGGAGAGCAACGCGAUAAGAGACAAGUUCCGCGAAAUUGGGAUCGAUAUGGACACCGCGGUCCGUCAAUUUCAAUCAGCCCUUCUUCCCGUUCACUAUCUUCCCGCCAACGAGGUCCCGACCGCCAUAGCCAAAGCGAAGGAGAAUGUACCUGCUCUGCAGUCGAUGAUGGUCAGGCUGGCUUCGACUUUGCUCGACUCUAAGGGUCAGUUCUAUAGAUACCAUGAUCAUUGGCGCCAUCAGACACAGACUGUAGUCUUCUUGCUGGCCUUCAUUCAUUGGCUGGAAACUGGCGGGCUCUUGCAACACAAGGACGUGGAGGACCAAUUACUAUUAUUAGAGGUGGUCAGGACUGAUUCUUUCUUCGUCGAUCUUGAUGAUUACUUGAUUGGUAUUUGUGGGCUGUCCAAUGAACUGUCUAGAUACGUCGUAAAUAGAGUGACACUAGGUGAGUAUGAGGUUGCAGAGCGCGUUUCCAAAUUCCUUAACGACCUGUACGCCGCGUUCCGAUUGCUGAACUUGAGGAACGAUGCGCUUCGCAAACGCUUCGAUGGACUGAAGUACGAUCUUAAGAGAGUAGAGGAGGUUCUUUAUGACGUCAACAUACGGGGGUUGGGAAGCAAGAGCACCACAGGAGGAGGAGGAUCGUGAAAAAUUGCAGCGAAGAGCGGGGCCAUGUGCGGCAGUGUGUGGCGUGAUGUCACGCCAGGGGGCGGCAUGUGCGGCAGUGUGUAGCAUGAUGUCACGCCAGGGGGCGAAGUACGAUCUUAAGAGAGUAGAGGAGGUUCUUUAUGACGCCAACGUACGGGGAUUGGGAAGCAAGAGCACCACAGGAGGAGGAAGAUCGUGAAAAAUCGCAGCGAAGAGCGGGGCUAUGUGCGGCAGUGUGUGGCGUGAUGUGUCAGGGCAGGGGGCGGCACGAUCGAGGGGAUGUGCGGCAGUGUGUAGCAUGAUGUCACGGACGGCAAGCGGGACAUG